AUGGGGUUCGCAAAUAUCAUCCUGCACCUCUGGGCCUGGAUAUUCAUGCUAUGGAAUUUUGCUAAUAUCUCCAUCGCAGUGUCAUCUGUAGAAAUUCCAGAUCCCUCUUGCUCAGGCCCCCAAGGGACAGAAUUUAUCACAGUCUUCAUGCAGAAUCACUUCCCAAGUUAUGGCGGUAAAGACUUCAGGUUGUUCAUCACUGGCUACAUCUCUGGGACGUUCGUCACCGUGUCAGUAAAUAAAGCAGAUUUUUCGGUCAAUAUCACUGCAAAUCCCGAACAGACAGUAUCUGUGAUGAUCCCAGCGUUUGUGGAGCUGGCUGGAAGCAACACAUUUGACCACACUGUCAUUGUCCAGGCUGACCAUGAGAUCUCCAUCCUCGCUCUGAACUAUAAGCGCUAUACAGCUGAUACCACUGUAGUGUACCCUGUGCAGAGGCUCGGGACAGAGUACUAUGUGGUGACUCCACUGGGGAAUCCAGAUGGUCUCGAUAAGCAAUUUGCUGUAGUAGCCUGGAAGGAUCCCACCAUUGUUGAAGUUUACCUCAAAGGGGCUGUAACUUUCCAAGGAGAAACCUACAGAGCAGGGACAAAACUGGUCAUCUCACUUGGAGCUUACCAGGCCGUCCAGCUGCAAAGCCGUGAUGACUUAUCCGGCACCAGGAUCGUGUCCCAGAAUCCUGUGGCCGUCUAUAGCGGACACAUAUGUGUUGCAAAGCACACCAAAUGUGACUACGUGAAUGAGCAGCUCCUGCCGGUAUCUGGCUGGGGCACCACAUUCAUCGUACCUCCUUUAUCCUUCCAGCCCAAAUUUGACCUGGUGUAUGUGGCUGCUUCCCAACACACUCGCAUUGAUUAUCAGUCUGGGAGGGUGAGUGCCAGAAAGAACCUGGUUGCUGGGCAGGUUGUGACAUUUGAAAUCAAAUUCCCUAAUCCCUUGUACAUCUCUGCUAGUGCUGGGAUCCAAGUCGCCUUCUUCUGCACUGGUGGGAGCAAAGGGAAAAUUGUGUACGAUCCCUUCUUCCUGAUGAUCCCAGAUGUCUCUGGCUACUGCCAGACCUAUAACAUCCAUGGACAGGACCUGUUUGAGAACUAUGCUGUGAUUGUAGCCAAGAUGGCCGAGACUGCUGAUGUUACUAUUGAUGCAGAACCACUGCGUAUUACUCAGUGGAGGCCUAUUCCAGGCACAGCAUAUUCUUGGACUACAUACAACUUGAGAAGUGGGUUUAGCAACCACACCAUAGAGAACCCCAGCUCCCCAUUUGGUGUCCUGAGUGUUGGGAUUAAAGACAAGGCUGGGUAUGGCUCCACAGCUAUUGGUGGCAUUUCUGGUGCUGCCCCUACUGUUCAACCUCCAUAUCUUCCCAGUACCUCUUGCUCAGGCCCCCAAGGGACAGAAUUUAUCACAGUCUUCAUGCAGAAUCACUUAUCAAGGUAUGGCAAUACAGAUUUCAAGUUGUUCAUCACUGGCUACAUCUCUGGGACGUUCGUCACCGUGUCAGUAAAUAAAGCAGAUUUUUCGGUCAAUAUCACUGCAAAUCCUGAACAGACAGUAUCUGUGAUGAUCCCAGCGUUUGUGGAGCUGGCUGGAAGCAACACAUUUGACCACACGGUCAUCAUCCAGGCUGACCAUGAGAUCUCCAUCCUCGCUCUGAACUAUAAGCGCUAUACAGCUGAUACCACUGUAGUGUACCCUGUGCAGAGGCUCGGGACAGAGUACUAUGUGGUGACUCCACUGGGGAAUCCAGAUGGUCUUGAUAAGCAAUUUGCUGUAGUAGCCUGGAAGGAUCCCACCAUUGUUGAAGUUUACCUCAAAGGGGCUGUCACUUUCCAAGGAGAAACCUACAGAGCAGGGAGAAAACUAGUCAUCCCACUUGGAGCUUACCAGGCCGUGCAACUGCAAAGCCAUGAUGACUUAUCCGGCACCAGGAUUGUGUCCCAGAAUCCCGUGGCCAUCUAUAGUGGACACGUAUGUGUUGCAAAGCACACCAAAUGUGACUACAUGAGUGAGCAGCUCCUGCCGGUGUCUGGCUGGGGCACCACAUUCAUCGUACCUCCUUUAUCCUUCCAGCCCAAAUUUGAUCUGGUGUAUGUGGCUGCUUCCCAACACACUCGCAUUGAUUAUCAGUCUGGGAGGGUGAGAGCCACUAAGGACCUGGUUGCUGGGCAGGUUGUGACAUUUGAAAUCAAAUUCCCUAAUCCCUUGUACAUCUCUGCUAGUGCUGGGAUCCAAGUCGUCUUCUUCUGUGCUGGUGGAAGCAAAGGGAAAAUCGUGUAUGAUCCCUUCCUCCUGAUGAUCCCAGAUGUCUCUGGCUAUUGCCAGACCUAUAACAUACAUGGACAGGACCAGUAUGAUAACUAUGCAAUGAUAACAGCCAAAACAUCAGAAUCUGGUGGCAUCACCAUUGAUAAGGAACCCUUGGGAAACAUUGCAUGGAGGCCAAUUCCAGGCACAGGGUUCUCUUGGGCUGAAUACAACCUUGGCAACGGGUUUAAGAGAGAAACCAUGGAGCACCCCACAACUCCUUUUGGGCUUCUGAGCAUUGGAAUUGCAUCCAGAUCUGGGUAUGGCUCACCAGCUAUUGGUGCAAGCAAUAUUCCGACACCAUCCUGCAGUGUGGUCCUCUGCAAGGAAGGAACAGUUUGUAAGAUGGUAGAUGGGGAGCCAGAGUGUUUGCCAGUUUCUGCGGCCACGUGCUGGGCUGGGGGUUACUUGCAUUACCACACAUUUGAUGGACGGCCGUAUGACAUCCAUGGCGCCUGCACCUACACCGUGGCCAAGACCUGCGGGUGUGACUGCGACCCACACUCCUUUGACAUCACGGCUGAGAGUGGGAACAGGGGGAACACACAGGUCUCAUACAUUGGGUCGGUGACCAUCCAGGUGGAUGGCAUUACCAUCACAGUGGCCAGGGCAGAGGUCGGCUUUGUGAGGGUGAAUAACACCAGGACCCACUUACCCAUCUCCCUCAACAAUGGGGCCCUUCGGCUCUAUCAGAGCGGCACCUCCUUCGUCCUCCGCACCGACUUCAACCUCAGAGUGUCCUAUGACUGGAACAACCACCUGAGGGUCACCGUCCCUAAUGACUUCUCUGAGAGCCUGUGCGGCCUGUGCGGCAACUAUAAUGGGAACCCUUCCGAUGACUUCUGGACCCCAGCCAAGGAUCAGGAUCCCAGUGUCAUUCUCCAGGAGCAAAGCUUGGCAGUGGAAGAUGAGGAUCAGUUUUGCUGGCACGAUUGCAUUGGAGGCUGCAGGCCCUGUGCCCCCAGCAUAGCCAGAAAGUACAAGGAGGAGGCCUCGUGCGGCCUGAUAAUCAAGGUCUCAGACGGGCCCUUCAGCCAGUGCCACACUAAGGUGGAUCCUACAGUCUACUUGGACAACUGUGUGUACGAUCUGUGCCACAACGACGCCUACCGGAAGGCCCUGUGUGAGGCCCUGAAGGCCUACGCGGAUGCCUGCCAGCUGGACGGGGUCAAGAUUGGGGAAUGGAGGCAGCUGGCCAGAUGUCCCAUGGAGUGCCCCCUGGAGAACAGCAAGUACCAGCUCUGUGGAACAGCCUGCCCAGCCACGUGUGUGGACCAGUCAGCCCCCAGCAGCUGCCAAGACCCCUGCGUGGAAAGCUGCCAGUGCAAGGAUGGAUUUGUGCUGAGCCAGGGCAAAUGCAUCCCCAAGAGCAGCUGUGGGUGCCUGUUCGAGGGGCGCCCCUAUGCCUCCAAUGAGAGCUUCUGGGUCGAUGAGGCAUGUGGGACACGGUGCAUGUGCAACGCAGCCACUAGACAAGUCGAAUGCGUGGCUGCUACAUGCAAACGUUCAGAGAGGUGCGGGCUAGUGAACGGCAUACGGGGUUGUUACCCCUCCAGCUAUGCCAUCUGCUCUGUGACAAGAAAUCUGCACUAUGCCACCUUUGAUGGACAGAGAUACAACUUCCAAGGCACCUGCCGCUACCAGCUCACCGCUCUGUGCAAGAAGGCGGAGGGACUGGUGGACUUUGAAGUCUAUUUCCAGGAGAAUAGCACUGCUCCUGUACAGAUCAAGGUUUAUGAGACUGACAUCAGGAUCAGUAAUCAAUUCCCUGGCAAAAUCAUGGUGAACGGUGUCCUGAUGAAUCUUCCCUUCAACCUCAUUGAUAAGAAAAUCUCUGUGUAUAGAAAUGGCUGGGCCACAGUGAUCCAGGCAGACUUUGGGCUCACUAUUACCUUUGCUGGGUGGUCAGGACGCACUACAGUCACUCUGCCAGUGACCUACGCGGGAGCCGUGUGUGGUCUGUGUGGCAACUUCAACAGUGACAGGGAGGACGACAUGCUCAUGAGGGAUGGCACACUGGCACCAAACCCCGUCAGCUUUGGCCAGAGCUGGAAGGUGGGCGACCUCCCGGGAUGCUCUGCAGUAACGAUACCACCAUGCGCAAGUGUAGAGACUAUUGAAAAACAACAACGAGGUAGCAGAGGGCAGUGUGGGAUCAUCCUCCACAAGAGUGGCCCCUUCAGAGGAUGUCACAGCAAAGUGGAGCCCCAUGGAUACUUCGUAGACUGUGUACACGGCUAUUGUGCCCUCAGUGGGCGGGAGAGUAAUGUCUGCCAGGCCAUUGCUGGCUAUGCUGAGGCAUGUCAGGAAGCUGGAGCUAUGGUGCUUCUCUGGAGGACUACGAAAUUCUGCUCUCCGUCCUGUCCCCCGAACAGUCACUAUGAAUUCUGCAGCAGCAGCUGCGAUCUGACAUGCAGCAACCUCUAUGCCCCGGUGCAAUGCACGACCCAGUGUAAGGAAGGCUGCGUGUGUGACGAGGGCUUUGUUCUCAGUGGCGACCACUGCGUCCCCAUUUCCCAGUGCGGAUGCCUCCACAGAGGACUUUACUACCAGGCUGAGGAGACCUUCCACCCUAGCGGUUCAUGCGAGGAGCAGUGCGUGUGUCAGGCUGGUGGGGAGGCUGUGUGUAAGGCAUUCUCCUGCGGCACUGGUGAGGAAUGCGGGGUGGUGGACGGUGUCCAGAAAUGUCGCCCAUUUGGAUCUGCGACCUGUUCUGCCUCUGGCCAUCCCCACUACCUCUCUUUCGACGGGGUCUCCUUUGACUUCCAAGGCACCUGCACCUACAUCCUGGCCAAGACCUGCACCGAUGCCAGUCACCUAACACCAUUCACUAUCAGCAUAGAGAAAGAAGAUUGGGGCACCAGGAACAUGUCCGUGGCCAAGCUGGUAUCCAUUAAAGUGUAUGGGAUCACACUCACCCUGCUGCAAAACAAACAGGGGCUCAUCAUGGUGAACGGGGUGUUCCACAACCUCCCAGUGAUCGUGGCUGAUGGACGACUUAGAGCGUAUCAACAUGGCACAAACAUUCUGGUGCAAACCAACUUCGGCCUCACUGUGAGCUACGACCUGGUUUACCAGGCCAGGGUCACCAUCCCAGGGAGCUACGAGGGCCAGACGUGCGGCCUGUGCGGGAACUACAAUGGACAGCAGGACGAGGAGUUCCUGCUCCCUGAUGGCAGGACAGCCCCUGAUGCAGCAGCAUUUGGCUCUGCUUGGGAAGUCCAGAUCCCAGGAGCAUCCUGUACAGACAGAUGUCCUGGAAACAGCUGUCCAGUUUGCGAAGAGAAGAAGGAGGUCUUCAAAGGGCGCAACUAUUGUGGGCUGCUCACAGACCCCAACAGCCCCUUCACGGCCUGCCACGGCCUGGUUAGCCCCAGUGUGUAUCAGAGCAACUGCCUGUAUGAUCUGUGCCUGGGCAACGGGGACGCACAGGUUCUGUGCCAGAGCAUCCACAGCUACGUGACGGCCUGCCAAGAGGCCGGGGCCCCCAUCCAGCCCUGGAGAAACACCUCCUUCUGCUCUGUGAGCUGCCCAGUCAACAGCCACUACGAGGUCUGCGCUGACCUCUGUACCACCGCCUGCUCUGCAGAAAUCAUGGACUGCCCGGAGACCUGUGCUGAAGGCUGCGAGUGUGACGGUGGCUUCUUCUUCGACGGCCAGGGCUGUGUGACUCUGCAGAGCUGUGGGUGCUUCGAGCGUGGGAGAUAUUACAAGCCCAAUGAGACGGUCCUGACGAACGAGUGCCAGCAAAGCUGCACCUGCGUUCCUGCUCGAGGGGUGACUUGUAAAGCCCACGGCUGCUCCCGAGAAGAAAUCUGCCAGAUUAGAGAUGGCGUCAGGGCCUGCAUCAGCAAAGUUAUUCCAUCCUGCAGUGUGGUUCGCUGCAGAGAAGGAACUAUUUGCAAGAUGAUAAAUGGGCAGCCAGAGUGUGUGCAAGUCUCUCAGGCCACAUGCUGGGCUGGGGGUUACUUGCAUUACCACACCUUCGAUGGACGGGCGUAUUAUUUCCAUGGGUCCUGCAACUACACGGUGGCCAAGACCUGCAGGGAUGACUCCGUCCUGCCCUCCUUCCAUGUCAUGGCCAAGAGCGAGAAUAGGGGGAACACACAGGUCUUCUACAUUGGGUCGGUAACUGUCCAGGUGGAUGGAGUCACCAUCACAGCAGCCAGGGCCGAGGUCGGCUUUGUGGGGGUGAAUAACACCAGGGCCCACUUACCCAUCUCCCUGAACAACGGGGCCCUUCGGCUCUAUCAGAGCGGCACCUCCCUCGUCCUCCGCACCGACUUCAACCUCAGCAUGUCCUAUGACUGGAACAACCACCUGAGGAUCACCAUCCCCAGGGUCUUCUCCAACAGCCUGUGCGGCCUGUGCGGCAACUAUAACGGAGACCUCUCCGAUGACUUCCGGACCCCGGACGGGGACCUGGCUCCCAGUGUCACCGCCCUGGGGAAAAGCUGGGCAGUGGAAGAUGAGGAUCAGUUUUGCUGGCACGAUUGCAUUGGAGGUUGCAGGCCCUGUGCCGCCAGCAUAGCCAGAAAGUACAAGGAGGAGGCCUCGUGCGGCCUGAUAACCAAGGUCUCAGAUGGGCCCUUCAGCCAGUGCCACAGCAAGGUGGAUCCUACAGUCUACUUGGACAACUGCGUGUAUGAUCUGUGCCAGAACGACGGCUACCGGAAGGCCGUGUGUGAGGCCCUGAAGGCCUACGCGGAUGCCUGCCAGCUGGAGGGGGUCAGGAUUGGGGAAUGGAGGCAGCUGGCCAGAUGCCCCAUGGAGUGCCCCCUGGAGAACAGCCAGUACCAGCUCUGUGGAACAGCCUGCCCAUCCACGUGUGUGGACCAGUCUGCCCCCAGCAGCUGCGAAGACCCCUGCGUGGAGAGCUGCCAGUGCAAGGAUGGUUUUGUGCUGAGCCAGGGCAAAUGCAUACCCAUGCACGGCUGUGGGUGCCUAUUCGAGGGGCGCCCCUAUGCCCCCAAUGAGAGUUUCUGGGUCAAUGAGGCAUGUGGGACACGGUGCAUAUGCAAUGCAACCACUAGGCAAGUCGAAUGCGUGGCCGCCACGUGCAAACAGUCGGAGAGGUGCGGGCUAGUGAACGGCGUACGAGGCUGUUACCCCUCCAGCUACGCCACCUGCUCUGUGACAAGGAAUCUGCACUACACCACCUUUGAUGGACAGAGAUAUGACUUCCAAGGCACCUGCCGCUACCAGCUCACGGCUCUGUGCAAGAAGGCGGAGGGACUGGUGGACUUUGAAGUCUACUUCCAGCAGAACAAUACCGCUCCUGUACAGAUCAAGGUGUAUCAGACCAACCUCAGGGUCAGCAAUCAAUUCCCUGGGAAAGUCCUGGUGAAUAGUUUCCUGAUGAAUCUUCCCUUCAACCUCGUUGAUAAGAAAAUCUCUGUGUAUAGAAAUGGCUGGGCCACAGUGAUCCAUUCAGACUUUGGCCUCACUGUUACCUUUGCCGGGUGGUCAGGACGCAUCACGGUCACUCUGCCAGGGACCUACACGGGAGCCGUGUGUGGUCUGUGUGGCAACUUCAACAGUGACAGGGAGGAUGACAUGCUCAUGAGGGAUGGCACACUGGCACCAAGUCCUGUCAGCUUUGGCCAGAGCUGGAAGGUGGGCGACCUCCCAGGAUGCUCUGCAAUAAUGAUACCACCAUGCGCAAGUGUAGAGGCUAUUGAAAAACUACAACGAGGUAGCAGAGGGCAGUGUGGGUUCAUCCUCCACAAGAGUGGCCCCUUCAGAGGAUGUCACAGCAAAGUGGACCCCCAUGGAUACUUCGUAGACUGUGUACACGGCUAUUGUGUCCUCAGUGGGCGGGAGAGUAACGUCUGCCAGGCCAUUGCUGGCUAUGCUGAGGCAUGUCAGGAAGCUGGAGCUAUGGUGCAUCCCUGGAGGACUACGACAUUCUGCUCUCCGUCCUGUCCCCUGAACAGUCACUAUGAAUUCUGCAGCAGCAGCUGCGAUCUGACAUGCAGCAACCUCUAUGCCCCGGUGCAAUGCACGACCCAGUGUAAGGAAGGCUGCAUGUGUGACAAGGGCUUUGUUCUCAGUGGUGACCUCUGCGUCCCCAUUUCCCAGUGCGGAUGCCUCCACAGGGGACUUUACUACCAGUCCAUGGAGACCUUCCACCCAAGUGGUUCAUGCAAGGAGCAGUGCAUAUGUCAGGCUGGUGGGGAGGUUGUGUGUAGGGAAUUCUCCUGCGGCACUGGUGAGGAAUGCGGGGUGGUGGACGGCAUCCAGAAAUGCCACCCGUUUCGAUCUGCAACCUGUUCUGCCUCUGGCCAUCCCCACUACCUCUCUUUCGAUGGGGUCCCCUUUGACUUCCAAGGCACCUGCACCUACGUCCUGGCCAAGACCUGCACUGAUGCCAGUGACCUUACACCAUUCACUAUCAGCGUAGAGAAAGAAUCUUGGGGCAGCUGGAACAUCUCCAUGGCCAAGCUGGUGUCCAUCCAGGUGUAUGGGAUCACACUCACCCUGCUGCAGAGCAAACAGGGGCUCAUCAUGGUGGACGGGGUAUCCCACAAUCUCCCCGUGAUAAUGGUCAAUGGGCAGCUCCGAGCAUAUCAGCAUGGCACUAAUGUCCUGGUGCAAACCGACUUUGGCCUCACUGUGAGCUACGACCUGGUUUACCAGACCAGAGUCACCAUCCCAGGGAGCUACCAUGGCCAGACGUGCGGCCUGUGUGGGAACUACAACGGACAGCAGGACAAGGAGUUCCUGCUCCCCAGUGGCAGGACAGCCCCUGAUGCAGCAGCAUUUGGCUCUGCUUGGGAAGUCCAGAUCCCAGGAGCAUCCUGUACAGACAGAUGUGCUGGAAACAGCUGUCCAGUUUGCGAAGAGAAGAAGAAGGAGGUCUUCAAAAGGCGCAACUACUGUGGGCUGCUCACAGACCCCGACGGCCCCUUUGCAGCCUGCCACGGCAUGGUCAGCCCCAGUGUGUAUCAGAGCAACUGCCUGUAUGAUCUGUGCCUGGGCAACGGGGAUGCACAGGUUCUGUGCCAGAGCAUCCACAGCUACGUGACGGCCUGCCAAGAGUCCGGGGCCCCCAUCCUGCCCUGGAGGAACACCUCCUUCUGCCCUGUGAGCUGCCCAGUGAACAGCCACUAUGAGGUCUGCGCCGACCUCUGCACCUCCACCUGCACUGGAGACAUCAUGGACUGCCCGGAGACCUGUGCUGAAGGCUGCCAGUGUGACGAUGGCUUCUUCUUCGAUGGCCAGGGCUGUGUGACUCUGCAGAGGUGUGGGUGUUUCAAGCAGGGGAGAUACUACAAGCCCAGUGAGACGGUCCUGAUGAAUGAGUGCCAGCAAAGCUGCACCUGCAUUCCUGCCCGAGGGGUGACCUGCAAAGCCCACAGCUGCACCAGUGGAGAAACCUGCCAGAUCAGAGAUGGCAUCAUGGACUGCAUCAGCCAAGUUAUUCCAAAGCCAUCCUGCAGUGUGGUCAGCUGCAGGGAAGGAACAAUUUGUAAGAUGAUAAAUGAGCAGCCAAAGUGUGUGCCAGUCUCUCGGGGCACGUGCUGGGCUGGGGGAUACUUUCAUUACCACACCUUCGAUGGAUGGGCGUACGAUUUCCAUGGCAACUGCACCUACACCAUGGCCAAGACCUGCAGGGAUGCCUCCGGCCUGCCCUCCUUCCAUGUCAUGGCCAAGAGCGAGAACAGUGGGAACACACAGGUCUUCUACAGUGGGUCGGUGACUGUCCAGGUGGAUGGAGUCACUGUCACAGCAGCCAGGGCUGAAGCCGGCUUUGUGUGGGUGAAUAACACCAGGGCCCACUUACCCAUCUCCUUGAACAACGGGGCCCUUCGGCUCUAUCAGAGCGGCACCUCCCUCGUCCUCCGCACCGACUUCAACCUCAGAGUGACCUAUGACUGGAACAACCACCUGAGGGUCACCGUCCCUAAUGACUUCUCCGGCAGCCUGUGCGGCCUGUGCGGCAACUAUAACGGGGACCCCUCCGAUGACUUCCGGACCCCGGACGGGGAUCUGGCUCCCAGUGUCGCUGCCCUGGGGAAAAGCUGGGUGGUGGAAGAUGAGGAUCAGCUUUGCUGGCACGAUUGCAUUGGAGGUUGCAGGCCCUGUGACCCCAGCAUUGCCAGAAAGUACAAGGAGGAGGCCUUGUGCGGCCUGAUAACCAAGGUCUCAGAUGGGCCCUUCAGCCAGUGCCACAGCAAGGUGGAUCCUACAGUCUACUUGGUCAACUGCGUGUACGAUCUGUGCCACAACGACAGCUACCGGAAGGCCCUGUGUGAGGCCCUGAAGGCCUACGUGGAUGCCUGCCAGCUGGAGGGGGUCAGGAUUGGGGAAUGGAGGCAGCUGGCCAGAUGCCCCAUGAAGUGCCCCCUGGAGAACAGCCAGUACCAGCUCUGUGGAACAGCCUGCCCAGCCACGUGUGUGGACCAGUCAGCCCCCAGCAGCUGCCAAGACCCCUGUAUAGAAAGCUGCCAGUGCAAGGACGGUUUUGUGCUGAGCCAGGGCAAAUGCAUCCCCAAGGGCAGCUGUGGGUGCCAGUUUGAAGGGCGCCCCUAUGCCUCCAAUGAGAGUUUCUGGGUCGAUGAGGUAUGUGGGACCCGGUGCAUGUGCAACGCAGCCACUAGACAAGUCGAAUGCGUGGCCGCUACGUGCAAACACACGGAGAGGUGUGAGCUAGUGAAUGGCGUACGGGGCUGUUACCCCUCCAGCUACGCCACUUGCUCUGUGACAAGGAAUAUGCACUACGCCACCUUUGAUGGACAGAGAUAUGACUUCCAAGGCACCUGCCGCUACCAGCUCACAGCUCUGUGCGAGAAACCGGAGGGACUGGUGGACUUUGAAGUCUACUUCCAGGAGAACAAUACUGCUCCUCUACAGAUCAAGGUUUAUCAGACCAUCCUCAGGGUCAGCAAUCAAUUCCCUGGGAAAGUCCUGAUGAACGAUUUCCUGAUGAACCUUCCCUUCAACCUCGAUGAUAAGAAAAUCUCUGUGUAUAGAAAGGGCUGGGCCACAGUGAUCCAGACAGACUUUGGUCUCACUGUCACCUUUGCCGGGUGGUCAGGACGCAUCACGGUCACUCUGCCAGUCACCUACGCGGGAGCCGUGUGUGGUCUGUGUGGCAAUUUUAACAGUGACAGGGAGGAUGACAUGCUCAUGAGGGAUGGCACACUGGCAUCAAGCCCCAUCAGCUUUGGUCAGAGCUGGAAGGUGGGCGACCUCCCGGGAUGCUCUGCAGUAACUAUACCACCAUGCGCAAGUGUAGAGGCUAUUGAAAAGGAACAACGAGGUAGCAGAGGGCAGUGUGGGAUCAUCCUAGACAAGAGUGGCCCUUUCAGAGGAUGUCACAGCAAAGUGGACCCCCAUGGAUACUUCGUAGACUGUGUGUAUGGCUAUUGCGUCCUCAGUGGGCGGGAGAGUAACGUCUGCCAGACCGUUGCUGGCUAUGCCGAGGCAUGUCAGGAAGCUGGAGCUAUGGUGCAUCCCUGGAGGACUACGAAAUUCUGCUCUCCGUCCUGUCCCCUGAACAGUCACUAUGAAUUCUGCAGCAGCAGCUGUGAUCUGACAUGCAGCAACCUCUAUGCCCCGGUGCAAUGCAUGACCCAGUGUAAGGAAGGCUGCGUGUGUGACGACGGCUUUGUUCUCAGUGGUGACCGCUGCGUCCCCAUUUCCCAGUGCGGAUGCCUCCACAGAGGACUUUACUACCAGGCUGAGGAGACCUUCCACCCGAGCGGUUCAUGCGAGGAGCAGUGCGUGUGUCAGGCUGGUGGGGAGGUUGUGUGUAGGGAAUUCUCCUGCGGUGCUGGUGAGCAAUGCGGUGUGGUGGACAGCAUCCAGAAAUGCCACCCAUUUGGAUCUGCAACCUGUUCUGCCUCUGGCCAUCCCCACUACCUCUCUUUCGAUGGGGUCCCCUUUGACUUCCAAGGCACCUGCACUUACAUCCUGGCCAAGACCUGCACCGAUGCCAGUGACCUUACACCAUUCACUAUCAGCGUAGAGAAAGAAGAUUGGGGCACUAGGAAUGUGUCCAUGGCCAAGCUGGUGUCCAUCCAGGUGUAUGGGAUCACACUCACCCUGCUGCAGAGCAAACAGGGGCUCAUCAUGGUGGACGGGGUGUCCCACAACCUGCCUGUGAUCGUGGCUGAUGGGCGGCUCUGGGCGUAUCAGCACGGCGUGAAGGUCCUGGUGCAAACUGACUUUGGCCUCACCGUGAGCUAUGACCUGGUUUACCAUGCCAGAGUGACAGUCCCGGGGAGCUACCAUGGCCGGAUGUGUGGCCUGUGCGGAAACUACAAAGGGCAGCAGGAUGACGAGUUCCUGCUCCCCGAUGGCAGGGUGGCCCCAGACACUGCAUCCUUCGGGUCUGCCUGGGAAGUUCAGAUCCCAGAAGCCUCCUGUACAGACAAAUGUGCUGGGAACAGCUGUCCGGUCUGCGAGGAUGGGAGGGAAGAUGUCUUCAAAGAGCACAACUACUGCGGGCUGCUCACAGCCCCUGAUGGCCCUUUUGCCACCUGCCAUGGCACGGUCAGCCCCAGCAUGUAUUUCAACAACUGCCUGUAUGAUCUGUGCCUGGGCAACGGGGAUGCACAGGUUCUGUGCCAGAGCAUCCACAGCUAUGUGACAGCCUGCCAAGAGGCUGAGGCCCCCAUCCUGUCCUGGAGGAGCACCUCCUUCUGCACUUUGACCUGCCCAGCCAACAGCCACUACGAGAUGUGUGCCAGCCUCUGCACCACCACCUGCACUGGAGACAUCAUGGACUGCCCAGAGACCUGUGCUGAAGGCUGCCAGUGUGACGAGGGCUUCUUCUUCGACGGCCAGGGCUGUGUGACUCUGGAGAAUUGUGGGUGCUUUGAGCAUGGGAGAUACUACAAGCCCAGCGAGACCAUCCUGACGAAUGAGUGCCAGCAGAGCUGCACCUGCGUUUCUGCCCGAGGGGUGACCUGCAAAGCCCACAGCUGCACCAGUGGAGAAACCUGCCAGAUCAGAGAUGGUAUCAUGGGCUGCAUCAGCAAAGAUCCCUGCAAAACCCUGAAAUGCCGGAUCAAGGAGAGAUGCAAAAUUGAAGAUGGACAAGAGGCAUGUGUUCCUGCCUACACUGGAAUCUGCCUGGGCUCAGGGGAUGCACAGUACCAAACUUUUGAUGGCCUGAAGUUUGACUUGCAGGGCACUUGCAAGUACACCAUCGCUAAGUACUGUGGCAGUGACCCUACCCUGGAGUCCUUCACCAUCGAUGAGAAGAACGACAACAGGGGGAACCAGGAUAUCUCCUUUUGGCAGGUGACCAAUAUCUACGUGUAUGGGUACAACAUCUCCAUCUACAAGAGGGAAGUUGGCAAAGUCCGGCUGAACAGUGUGAUCACCAGUCUCCCAGUGACGCUGAAAGACGGUAAAAUCAGACUGUACCAGAAAGCCCUCAGCACCGUCCUGCAGACGGACUUCGGCCUCCAGAUCGCACAUGACAAAAAUUGGCGUGUAGUGAUCACCCUCCCCAGCAGCUAUUAUGGGGCCACGUGCGGCCUAUGUGGGAACUUCAACCAGAAUCCAGAAGAUGACAUGACGUCAUCCAAAGGCAUCAGAGUCUCCUCCAUCAUGGACUGGGCUGCCAGUUGGAAAGUCCAAGACCGGGACCCCUUUUGCUGGAAUUAUUGCCAAGGCACUUGCCCAAUGUGUGAUGAGAGCAAGAGAGAUCUGUAUGGGGAUGACAGUCACUGUGGAGUGAUCAGUAAAGCACCGGGAGGGCCCUUCAGAGAGUGUCACUCCAGGGUGAGUGCUGAUGACUUCUUUGACAGCUGCAUCUAUGACAUGUGUCUGAAUGAGGGGGACAAGAGCAUUCUGUGUGAGGCGCUGGAGGCCUAUGCGAAAGCCUGCAGGAAGCAUGGGGUCACUGUCGAUGACUGGAGGACGCCAUCCAGUUGUGAUGCCUGCAAAGCUCUGAAAUGCCGGACCAAAGAGACAUGCUGGACUGAGGAUGGCCACACAUCAUGUAUUCCUGACUACAUGGGAACCUGCUUGGGCUCAGGGGACAUGCACUACCAAACUUUUGAUGGCCUGAAGUUUGACUUCCAGGGCACCUGCACCUACACCCUGGCCAAAUACUGUAGGAGUGACGCUACCCUGGAGCCUUUCACCAUUGAUGAGAAGAACGCCAAUAGGGGGAGCCAGGAUAUCUCCUUUCUGCGAGUGACCAACGUCUACAUCUAUGGGUACAACAUCUCCAUCUACAAGAGGGAAGUUGGCAAAGUCCGGCUAAACGGCGUGAUCACCAGUCUCCCGGUGACGCUGAAAGAUGGUAAAAUCAGACUGUACCAGAAAGGCCUCAGCACUGUCAUGCAGACGGACGUUGGCCUCCGGGUGGGAUAUAACAAGAACUGGCAUCUGGAAAUCACCCUCCCCAGCAGCUAUUAUGGUGCCAUGUGCGGUCUUUGUGGGAACUUCAACCAGAACCCAGAAGACGACAUGAUGUCCUCCAACAGCAUCAAAGUCUCCACCAUCGUGGACUGGGCUGCCAGUUGGAAAGUCCAAGACCGGGACCCCUUUUGCUGGCAUUCCUGCCAAGAGAACUGCCUGACAUGUGAUGAGAGCAAGAGAGAUCUGUAUGGGGAUGACAGUCACUGUGGGGUGAUCAGUAAAGCAGCGGGAGGCCCCUUCAGAGAGUGUCACUCCACGGUGAGCCCCGACAACAUCUUUGACAACUGCAUCUAUGACGUGUGUCUGAAUGAGGAGAACAAGAGCAUUCUCUGUGUUGCGUUGGAGGCCUACGCAGACACCUGCGGGAACCUUGGAGUCACUGUCUAUGACUGGAGGACCCCGUCCAGCUGUGAUGAAUUAGGAGGUUGGGAUUCUAUCGAAACAGGUGGCAAUGGGACUAAUCUGACAGUUUCCCCUGUUGAUGGAGGAGAUGAAACCUGCAAAACCCUGAAAUGCCGGAUCAAGGAGAGAUGCAAAAUUGAAGAUGGACAAGAGGCAUGUGUUCCUGACUACGCUGGAAUCUGCCUGGGCUCACGGGAUGCACAGUACCAAACUUUUGAUGGCCUGAAGUUUGACUUGCAGGGCACUUGCAAGUACACCAUUGCUAAGUACUGUGGCAGUGACCCUACCCUGGAGUCCUUCACCAUCGAUGAGAAGAACGACAACAGGGGGAACCAGGAUAUCUCCUUUUGGCAGGUGACCAAUAUCUACGUGUAUGGGUACAACAUCUCCAUCUACAAGAGGGAAGUUGGCAAAGUCCGGCUGAACAGUGUGAUCACCAGUCUCCCAGUGACGCUGAAAGAUGGUAAAAUCAGGCUGUACCAGAAAGACCUCCGCACCGUCCUGCAGAUGGACUUCGGCCUCCAGAUUGCACAUGACGAAAAUUGGCGUGUAGUGAUCACCCUCCCCAGCAGCUAUUAUGGGGCCACGUGCGGCCUAUGUGGGAACUUCAACCAGAAUCCAGAAGAUGACAUGACGUCAUCCAAUGGCACCAGAGUCUCCUCCAUCAUGGACUGGGCUGCCAGUUGGAAAGUCCAAGACCGGGACCCCUUUUGCUGGGAUUAUUGCCAAGGCACUUGCCCAAUGUGUGAUGAGAGCAAGAGAGAUCUGUAUGGGGAUGACAGUCACUGUGGGGUGAUCAGUAAAGCACCGGGAGGGCCCUUCAGAGAGUGUCACUCCAGAGUGAGCGCCGAUGACUUCUUUGACAGCUGCAUCUAUGACAUGUGUCUGAAUGAGGGGGACAAGAGCAUUCUGUGUGAGGCGCUGGAGGCCUACGCGAAAGCCUGCAGGAAGCAUGGGGUCACUGUCGAUGACUGGAGGACACCAUCCAGUUGUGCGCCGUUGAGUCCGGUGCAGAUCAGCUCCCCGGUGCACACCGUGGUUGAGCUGGGCCUGCUGUUGACUCCGGAGACUUUCUCCACCGCUUGCGACCUGAUCGUGUUGACUGAGCCCGGACCUUCUCAGCCUCUGGCACCGCCGGUACGGGCUGUCCAAUCUAUUGGGAAGCCCUCAUUCAUGCGGCCUCCUCAGCAGAGUGAACCAGUUCGGCACCGCUCGAGGUCCCGGUCCCGGUCCCAGUCGUGGUCCUGGUCACGCAGAUGGUCCCGCUCUUGGCGCCGCUCGCAGUCCCGGCACCGAUCUCCAUCUCGGCACCGGUCGUACUCGCGGCACCGCUCCACGUCCCGAAGGUCGCCCUCUCGCUACGAUCGGUACCGAUCCAGCUCCCAGCACCGCUCAUCGCGCAGCCAGUCGUGGCACCGCCUGCACCGUCGAUCUUCAUCGAGAUCCAGGUCGACCUCUCGGCGCCGCUGUGACCGUCGGUCCCGCUCCAGGGUGCCUGAGGCAACGGUUAGCCGUCCUGCCCAGAUACCAUCAGAAACAACGGCUUUACCACCUGAGCAGGCCGAUGUCCCUCCAGUCGUGGACCUUGGACAACCGGACCCGCCCCAACCUGACCUUCACCAGGACCCACUGGUCCAGGGACUGUCGUCCUCAUCUUCGCCUGACGAGGCUGUGGCAGGCACGUCCUCCUCUGGCCCUCCACUCAUAGACCUACGUGCUCACCAGGACCUCGUUCAUAGGGUGGCACAGAACAUGAAUCUGCAGAUGGAGGAGGUGGCAGAGAUUGAGGACCCAGUUGUGGACAUCUUGUCAGCUGAUGCCCCCACCUGGGUAGCUUUGCCCUUUAUUAAAACUAUCCAGGCCAAUGCCAAUACUAUCUGGCAGUCCCCUGCGUCCAUCCCUCGCACAGCGCGGGGGGUGGAAAGAAAAUACAUGGUGCCAGCCAAAGACUACGAGUACUUGUAUGUGCACCCCCAACCUUGCUCCCUCAUGGUACAAUCCGUAAACGAGAGGGAAAGACAUGGCCAGCAAGCGCCCGCCCCUAAAUCCAAGGACGCCAGGCGCCUGGAUUUAUUCGGGCGCAAGAUUUACUCCUCUGGUGGACUACAGCUCAGGAUAGCUAACCAGCAAGCCCUCCUGAGCCGGUAUAAUUAUAACACCUGGAACUCGAUGGGGAAAUUCAAAGAGCUGGUUCCCCAUGAGUCCAAGGAAGAGUUUGGGGCCUUGCUCGAAGAGGGCAAGAAGGUGGCAAGGACAUCUCUGCAGGCGUCUUUAGACGCAGCGGACUCGGCUGCUAGAACUCUAGCCUCAGGGGUAGCCAUGCGACGUAUUUCCUGGCUGCAAGUGUCCGGCCUCCCACCGGAACUGCAGCAGACUACAGGACCUUCCCUUUGA